AUUUUGCGCUUGAAAUAGCUAUCCCCUCUAAACCCGCGAUUGACAUACCUGUCAUCCCUCACCAACUAACCUCUAAAAUCUAAAAAUACCACCUAAACAUUGGCCAAUAAGUGAAAUCGCCUAAAUAUGUAAUUAACGGCGUCAUUUCUCAAAUCACUCCUUUCCACGUUACUUAAAAAUGCUUCUUGUACUUAACCUCAAACUCUCUCAAUUGUGAUCAAACCAUGCCUGGCAAAGUUAAAGUGAAGAUAAUAUCGGGGAGGAACCUCCCCGUGAUGGAUAGGUCAAGCGACACCACUGACGCUUACGUCGAGAUCAAACUGGGGGGCACCACGUACAAAACCGACGUCUGUCGCAAAUCGCUGCACCCCCAGUGGAACUCCGAGUGGUACAGGUUCGAGGUCGACGACUCGGAACUCCAGGACGAACCCCUGCAGAUCAGGCUUAUGGACCAUGAUACUUACUCAGCCAAUGACGCUAUAAGAAAAGUGUACUUAGAUCUGAACCCGCUGCUCCUGCCAGCUACUGGUCUAUUAGUCAGAUAUGGGUGGAAUGGUGAUGGUAAUCAUGAACACCCAUCAAAUUCAGUUAUGUCUGGCUGGAUACCAGUCUAUGACACAAUGCACGGCAUCCGAGGCGAAGUCAACGUCAUCGUCAAAGUGGAGCUCUUCUCCGAUUUCAACCGAUUCAGACAAUCAUCGUGCGGAAUACAGUUUUUUUGCUCCAAAUCCAUCCCGCAUGGAUAUUUUGCUCAAACGGUUCAUGGUUUCGUCGAGGAACUCAUAGUCAAUGACGACCCUGAAUACCAAUGGAUUGACAAAAUUCGGACACCGCGGGCUUCCAACGAAGCCCGUCAGACUCUCUUCUUUAAGUUAUCGGGGGAGUUGCAGCGAAAAAUCGGGGUAAAAGCGCUAGAUCUAGGCGGGAAUGCCGUUAUUGGCUACUGUCAGUGCUUUGACUUGGAGGGAGAGUCGGGAAUUGUGGCUCGCGGGAUCGGAACUGCUGUCACACUAGCGCGAAUUAUGGACGCACCCCACCCGACUAUCCUGAACGAAGAGCGUGCACAGAGUUACUUAAAAUUCCUUGGCUCCCAGGCAAGCUUCCGCCUCCCUGAGCUCCAGUCCUCGCACCCGAAACCCCUUAUCCCCACCCUUGAUAUAGACAACCCGCGGUACAAACAUUUGCCGAAACAUAUCUACCAAACUGAGCUUAGAUCGACGCGAUCUAACCCGACUUUGCACGAGCCGAUGCAUCACACCUCGGUUCGGACGUUACUCAAGCAGGAGGAUAUGAGGGGAACUCCCGGUUACGGGCUUAGUCAAAAGUUUCGCAAAUUCAAAUACUCCUCACAGAAUAUGUUAUCGAAAAAAAUGAUUGCCUUGAAAGCGAAGCUGGGGGACUCCGGGAUCGGGGAAGAAAUUGACCAGGAGAGUGUCCCGGAGAAGAAGAGAUAUUUAAAGUUCAAAAGGACAGUGAGCGAUUCGAGCGUCAUGGCGGAAAUGUUGGCCCGGUCGGUCAUACAUGCCCAUAAUAGUCUGACGUGUAUUUUGGAAGACGCGGUUUCUUCCGAAAGUGAAGAGAUGAAUGAAGAAAUUGAAACUGUCUCGGUUUUGGAAAAAACCGCGUCUGAGCCACUUCUGAGUAUUGUUUCGUCGUCAAGUUCGCCGUCUUUAAGCUCGGAAGAUGAGGAGGAAAACUCAGACUCGAAAGAUAUCAAUUUUGAAACUGUCAGUAACAUCGUUAAGAACGUCGAAUUGUUGGAACAAAACAAUACAAAUAAAAGUUACAUCAAGCAAAUGUCCAUGCCGACUUUGCCGUUUGGAGAGGAAGAAUGUGACGAACCCGACAAUCCUUUCCUAUUCCCGGACGUGUCAAAAGAUGACAAGACCCCGGAAGAUAUCCCCGAGGAUUAUUUAGAAACUUUGCGCGCCCCCAUUGCUAAAAUCGAAACUGAUGAAGAAUCAGACGAGUUAGAACCAACUGAACCUAAAUCCGAAAGUAUACUUCCACCAGUGAACAUAACUAGUGAUAUCAAACACAAGGGUUUGUUUAAAACAGCCAUGCAAACAAUACUAUUAGAAAAAGUUAAUAUCGUGGGGACCUACACACCCCCAAUGUCCCCAGCCUCCCCAACAAAAUCAAGCGUCUUCAGUGUGGUUUCGCCCACUCCGUCGCUAAGUUCCGUUAAUUUGGGCAAAUUACCCCGCUCUUCCACCGCUAUAUCUCUCGAUGAUUGUUCCCAUAAACGCGAAACUGUCCUUGGGGCGCCCUUCAUGUCGAUGAGUAACAUCCGACAAUCGAACCCGUCACUGAUUACCAAAUCGAGCUGUUUUUCGGACAGUGCGCUAGAUUCGAGUGAACAAUUGCGUAAAAAAAGGUUCAGUUUUUUGCAUUUGAGUCGUCGCAAGUCGCACGAACCUGACGAAUUGCAUAAGAAAAGAUUCUCGUUUUUGCACCGCCCGCGUAACGAGGAUAAAAACCCGGUUAAGAAACACGGUCUGUUGGGAACAGCUCUCGGAAAUGUCGUGAUGGAGACGGUCCAGGAUAUUCUAGCGACGUCUCAGGUUGACAAAGCUCAGAAGAAAGAUAAUAAAUGUCCCGUGUUCCCUUCCUCGACUAUAUUAACUUGUACUAAUGACAAUAAUGUAACCGAGUGUGACACUGCCUCAGCUGUCAAUACAGAAAUUGAUCGAGGCACUUGCAAUAAUAUGCAUGCGAGCUUAACCCCUUCUCUUAGGAACAAUAGUUCACCAAUCCCGGAACACCUGCCUGAACCCGGCCACCAUCGCGCGGAGUCAGUUGGUACAAAAAUGGUACAAUCUCCUGCGAAACUAAAUAGCGUACCUUGCAUCUACCGACGAUCGUCGGACUCUGACCUGAGCAUCACCCCGAAAGGAUUCUUUAGGAAAAGGAACAGUUUAACUGGAAGCGACAGGUCGGCGGCCGGCGGCCUCAACGGCCAUUUAUUCAAAAACAACUUUCUAAGAGCCACAGUCCCGCAGGAAAAUUUCGACAUGCUCGAAUACCCGUUUCUGACAAUGACCAAAUAUCCUCAGGGUUUUAUCACACAAUUGGGAGGCGCAGUCAGUGCACGUUCGGUCAAGUUACUCGAAAGAAUAUCAAAUCUGGAGGAACCCGAAUCGAGGGACACUUGGUGGUCGGAGAUCCGGAUGGAAAUACGCUCUCACGCUAGAGCUUUGAACUGUAACGCCGUGUUGGGCUAUUCGGAGACCACGAGCAUUUGCGAGGAUGUGUGCGUUUUGAGCGCGAGCGGCACCGCGGCCGUCAUAGGCUUCCAGUACACGGGCGAAAUGGGCGACAGCAUCGGGGGGCUCCCUCUGAUCACGCGCCAGCACAACAAGGACCUGCUUUGCACGUCUCUCGACCGCAGCGACUUCGAAAAAGAGCACAAAAAGGCACUAGAGAAUAAGAAAGUGUUACCAGAGAGCCCAGAGCGCGACGUUGUCCCUGGGCACGUUACCCCCUCGUGCACUCUGUGCCACCUACCCUACAAUAGCAAUAAUGUCCCGAUUAGGGCUACGGUGUUAAAAUGCGGGAUUUGCCGGACGGGGAAAGUCCCCGAUGUGUUAAUUGCGACGAUUGAGCUCCCGGAUGGGGCGCCGACUAUCGGGCGCGGUUGUUUCAUCCAGUCAUUUGUUUGUAGGCAAUUGAAAGAUUUGAGGGGCGAAUCGAACGCCAAGGAGAUUUCCGACGGUCUCCCCUUUCUCGAAUACGAACUGCACCGUUUGCUCAUCAAUAAAUUGAAAAUAAAGGGAAUGAACGCGAUCUUUGGGCUCAAAAUUCGAAUUUCAAUCGGCGAAAAAACACUAGUGGGACUUGCGACCGGCACGGCCGUUUUUCUCACACCUUUACCCACCCCAGUAUUACCAAAACUAGUGUCGGAUCGGUCGUCCGACGAAAAAAAAUUAGCCGACUUGCAGAAGCUUUUGAACGAAACGGUGAAAAAAAAUCGGGAGAUUUACCAAUUGAAAAGUGAUGAGUGCCAAAACGGCCGGGUUUUGUCAGACGACGACUCCGAAGAAGAACAAACUUCGAUUGACUUAUCCCUGGGCAAUAAAGACUGUUGCGUGCUGGAAGUUGAUGAUCCCGAGGACGCCGAUGUCGUCAACAUGUUAAUGGAGCAGCGCCCCCCUGACGGCUUCCACGUGGUUAACACUGAGUUCGUCCCCGGCUUGGAGGAGCUAGAAAUCGUGAAAAACCUCCAAAUGUUUACCCAAAUCUACCGCGCGAAAUUUCAACCCCCUUACAGUUUCGACGUCCACUUGCACCGACUCCUCCAAAGUGUCUAUUUCAAGUUACGCAGAAUGGUCCCGUGCGCCUUGUGCGACCUGCAGUUCCGGGUCGAUUUACCGGAAACCGAUGAAAUCCAACUAUGCGUUUUAGGGAUGGCUUUGGGGUUGGGCGACCCGCAAAAAAUGAGGUUCAAACGCAAAAACACGCUCACGAAACGAUACGAAGACGACAUGAUUUUUAACUUGGAGGAGGAUCAAAUACCCGAAAACAGCGUCACUCAGACGCACCUAAACACCCACAGUAUGCGGCUACGCCAGAAGUCGCCCUCAAGAAACAGGAUCCAAACCGUCAAGCAGAGACAUGUGCCGUAUAAAGAGCGACACGGGGUCGACAUCACCCCCUUAUCCUACGUCCCUGGCGGGAAAAUCGAGCACUAUUUAGGCAAUUUGAACUUCUUUUUUAUUAGGGAAACAACUUCGAUUCGAGAAGAGGGUGGGUUGAGCGGUUUCAUCCACAGCUUUGUGACCGAGGUGUUGGCGAUUGUUCGCGCACAUGUGACAGCGCUAGGCGGGAACGCAAUGGUGGCUUAUUUCAUGACGGAAUGUGUCUUGAACCACAAUCUUCACAAAAAUCAAGGACAAUGCCUUAUUAAUGUCGGAGGGGACGUGGUUUUCGUUUCGUACUUCAAGGAAGAGCCGUGAAGUUGUGUCCCAAUUUAUCACCACUCGUUUGUAAUUAUUAGAAUUUAGCAUUUCAGGAGAGUUGAUUUUUGUGACUAAACUCGCCUUAUUUUUGUGAUGCUUGGAAUUGUGAUUGAUUGUUCGCAAGUAAUCACAAUUCUUUGGCAAAUAUUGUCUCCAACAUGACAAAUGCGAAACUGAUUGUUCGAUUGUACUUCGGAAGUUGUUAAAUAAAAGUCGUCUUAUUUA